ACUCACUGCUACCCGACUGGUAUUAGCGCGUGUCUUCGAGCGUCGGGCGAGUUAUUGGAUCCAAGGCCUCAAUUUUAAUUAUUACUAUUCUUAGUUGUAAAUAUUGAUAGUUUAAAAUCUCGUGAAUUAGAAAAAAUUGAAGUCUUAACUAUUGUUAAUUUCAAUCAAAAGUAAUGGAGGUUUUUUCAUUUUAAAAGUACAUUAGUACUAGUAUCGAAGCAAAAAUUUGUUCAUCAACCAAACAUGGAUUACCGUAGUAAAUUUUUGGCAGCAUUCGGCUUAAUUUUGCUACUGUCAGUUGGGAAAAUUUCAAUCUUGACAGAAAACGAUGUAGAAAAAAAGGAAAGAAACCAAUCAUUGUCUGAUGAUGAUAUCUGUACUUUUUACGAUUAUUCCUUUCUAAUUGAUCAUUUGCUAUUCCAAAAAACUUAUAAACCAUUAAUAGUAAUCAUUGCACGUCAAUUUGCUGACGGAAUAAACAGAGCAACAAAUAUAUCUCAGAGCAAAAGAAUAUUAGACGUUGAAGAAAUUAAAAACAACAAUUAUUUAAAAAAUAUGUAUAAACUGAUAAAGGAAAAUUUUUAUCUAUAUGAAGCUUACAAUAUAUACUACUUUGUUUAUCCAGUAAAAAUUCUAGACAGUUUUUUCACCAUUUACUGUCAAAAAAUGUUAUUAAGCGAUCAGUUGGGUGUUACCUUUGAUUUUGUUAACGUAAAGAAAGAGUAUCCUUUUUAUGAAGAUAUUUUAGUUCCUCUAAAAACAAGUUACACCAAUUGCCCUCUGGUAGAAUACGUUAACAAAAAACUACAGACAGGUGAGAGUUUCUCUGAAUUAUUCAUAUUGCGAGAACAAUUGUUUAGAGAAAAAACAAAGUACAUAUCCCUAAAAGCAUUCGACAAUGAUUACGCUUGCGAUUCAAUUGGAUUUAAUAUUAAUUCUGAGAGCGAAAAUUUUUUAAUGCAUUUUAACUUAUUACUGAAACAAAUUAAGAAGAAUAAUAACAAUUCUGAUGAAAGUAAAAAGAAAAGUAUUUUCGAAAGAAGUCUAAAGUGCUUCAAGUCGAGACAUCUAUUUGUUACAAAAGAAAUUUUUAACGACGAUAUUCAGGAAAAGAAUCUAAAGCACCCAUUUACUGGAAUUAAUUAUUUAAACUGGAUUAACGAAACUGUAUUUACACUGAAUGCGAAUGAUACCUCAUUUGGCAAUAUUUGCAAAGAUGAACACAAAAUAUACAUAUUUAAUUUAUUUUGUUUUAUAAAAGAUGUAUCUGAUAUUACAUCCUAUAACAUAUCUACGUGGACAGAUACCCUACAACAAUUUGUCGCUAAAUCAUUGGUAAAAAAUGUGAAGUGGUUAAACAAAUUGAUGUUAUUCUAUCAAUAUGAAUAUUUAAUUAAAACUGAUGAUAUUUGAAUCCAAUUUGAAAAUUUGAAAAAAGAAAUUCCAAAUGAAAAUGGGAAUUGGAUGAGUGUAAUGAGUACUGCUUACAACUUGGUUUCAAAUUUGAUGAGAAAAAAUAAUAGUAUGAAGCCUUUGUUAAGUUCGCCCUGUUUAUUUUACAAUUAUGUGGACACAAUUAAUGCCUUACUUCCUGAGAUGGAACUCAAGAAAUUAGUAAUAAUCGUAGCUGAUAGUAUGCUGACAGGAGUACGGAAAACUGCUUUUAUUGCAGACAGACGAGUAGCACCAAAAAUAAAAAGAGAAGAUCUUCAUUAUACAAAACAGUUUGUGUAUGAUGAAAUAAUGAAACAUUUUUAUCUACUUCAAUACAAUGAUACUUAUUAUUAUGUUUAUCCACUAACCAUUAAUAGAUAUGUCAACGUGUUGAUCACCCAUUUCGAGUACAGGGUAAUUAAAAAUUAUUCUAAACUUUUGUUUUAUUAUGUAAACUUUUCCAAACAUUUUCCCCCUAAUGAAUUUAUUAGCAUUGGUUAUAAUGACUCAGUAAUUCCCGCUCUACCAGACAACUGUCACUUAUUUACAACAAACUGUACGAACCGUUUUUUAAGUCCCAUAUAUUUAAUUGAUCUGCAUCAAGAAUUUCACAGACGAUAUUCAAAAUAUUUUUCAGUAUACGCCACUUUUUACAAAAGUUUCACAGAAUUUAUUAAUAAUCCCUAUUCACAAUAUGAAGGAAAUCAUACGAUUGAAUAUGCACAGAAGUUUUACAAUUUUUUAGAAACGCAACCAAUUACUUACUAUACACAUUAUUUAUUUAAUGAUUUACCGUGCUCAUCUUUGCAGGAAAUAAAUAAAAGAAUUAACAUUGAUUUCAGCAUAACUGAAAUAGAAGAUUUUUAUCGUAUUUUAUUUCUCAUACAAUCUGCUUAUAAUAACAUAACAUCAAUAAAUAUCACAGACAAUGAUAGUUUAAAAUAUUUUUGUAUGAAUUCGAAUAUUUUUCAGUUCAUUAAACUCUUUUGCUUUUGGAAAAUAAAUUAUCUUGAAGGUAUGCUAAAACAUAUAGAUACGAAAUCGUUUUAUUUUGAGUAUAUCAAAUUGUAUGCUGAAGAGGAGAAAAAUGUUAUUACUGAAUAUUUGUCAAAAACAUUAAAUUGGAUGCACGAAAUGUUAAAGUUUGAUUAUUACGAUAUGUAUAAUGAAGGUACAAUUUUAAGACAAUCAAAACUUUCAUACUCGAAAAUACCAAAAAUUAUCACAAAUGGUGCUGAUUCGUUAGACAAAUUCUAUUUAGUAAUAAGAGAAACUGCAUUUUAUCGAGGAUGUAAAAAUUAUUUGAUAUUGAAAUAGUAUAUUUCGUAACAACUGCUAGCACUAGUUACGAACGAUAUUUUUCAUAACAAGGUGCAAAAAAGUGCCCUUUUUUACACCGCGUUAUAAAAAAUUAGAUAUAAUAUUAACAUAUGUAAAUAACUAUUUCAUGUGUUUUGUUCUAUUGAAAUAUGAAAUACUUAUUUACAUGUUAAGUACAUAAUUAUAUUGAUCAGUUCUUUGACAAAAUAAAAACAUCUAUGACAAUACAUUGACUCUGUUCUACAAAAUAAUCAUCACCAUCUAUAUAAAUAAUUAUUUUUUUAUUAAAACCGACCGUAUCGUAAUGAAUAAUUUGUCUUUAUUUAAAAAACAAGAGAAACAAUUUCGCUUUUCACUUAGAUUAAUCUACUAAGUUUAAUGUAAUUCUGAUAUGCACUCCUAAGUAACUGUUGUAAUGUAAUUAAUUAUAAUUUAAACAAUAAAAAAUGUAUGAUUAACCCUCCAUCCGUCGCAUCUUUUUUUGUAACGCGAUCCGUCGCAGGUGAGCAAACUGCUCACCAUCAUAAAUUAGUCCAAAAUUGUUGUAAAAUGACAAAUUUUUUUGGAAUGUUCAUUAGAAUUUCUAAACAACUUAUUAGAAGUAAAAUUAACUUUCAUUUUCAGCUAAUUAUUUAAAUAAGAAAUUAAUGACAAAUGAAAUUUGUUUCACGCAGAUGAAUGAAUAGGUAAAUAUGUUUACAAUAACAAGUUUGUGCAGGUUAAGAAUUUAAAAUAAGCACAAAUUCUAUCAACUUAUAAAUAACAUGAUUGAGACUUAACAUAACCAAAAUACCAUAUUUACAAAUUUCAUGAAAAAUUUCAUCAAUCAUAAAUUUCAUGAUUUGAAACUUUGAAAACGAAAGUUUCAACGGCGUAUUACUAGUGUUGCAUAACUCCCCACCUUUUUCUGAAAGGUCAAAAAACAGUGUUUUUGAAAAACAAGCAAGAGUCAGUUUUGAAUUUUAAUGAAUAAAUCAUGCCAAAAGAUAUGUUAGUAAAUGUACUAAAAGCUGUAUAUGACAGAAUUCGAUAAAAAAAAUUUCUAUAGUAUUUUUGACCCGAAAACAAAACCCGUUGUACAACUACCCAUUCUCCCCUAUAUAUAUAUACCCAAUCAGCA